AACUGCUUUCCCGGCGUAAUACUCAGUCCUUCCAACAUCCCAUACACCUGCGAAGUUAAAAAUGACCAAACACUGAUUGGCUUGAACUUCUCCGCAUCGUACUACAACCCAACCCUCAAUCCUGGAUGGCCGGCGACUCUUGUCAAGGGAACCAAUACCAUUACAUUCGUGCCUAUUUUGGGGGCGCCAUCAGGACGUUGGGAAUUGGUCAUAACUAGGUUUGCUGCCGAUAUAAGCUCUUUCACUCCUAUGACGACCAAUAAGAGCAUGGACUUCAUGCUGAUUGGUACGGUCCAUGCGAAUUUUGCUACACUCCAUCCGUAUUACGGUAUGGUCGUCUCGUGGGCACCCAAUCUCCCGAGUGGCACCAUGGCUUCCGACUACAUGCUG